UGAUUCCAAGAACAGGACGGGACGGGACGGGCGCCCCAGGAACGGGACGGGCCGCCCAACCGAGCCCAGAGCCUGAGAGCCAAGCCCUUCUUGUUCUUGGCCCUCCCCUUCCCCGCUUCCGUUACCAUUACCGCCCACCCCUCGUCGUCGUCUCCGCGCCGCCCACCCCACCCCUCACCCACCUCCGAUCCCAUCGCCCAAACCCUAGCGCCGCCGUCGCCGGCGCCUCCCCUCCGAUGGCCGGACAGCGCGGGAGCCGCGCGUCCCGUAAGGGCCGCCCCGUCCGCGCGGGGCCCACGCCCGCCGUGCCCCCGCCCGCCUCUGAUCCCGAUCCGACCGGCUCCGCCUCCACGGGCGACGACGCGGCGGACGAGCUGGAGUCACGCCUGCUCAAGCGGCUGGACGAUACCUACGCGUCGGCGUUGGCCCGCCUGUCCGACCUCGGCCACGCCGAGGACGCCGCGCUCGAGGCCGUCCUCCGCGCGGGUCACUGCUAUGGCAAGCUCGGCGACCCCGUCGCGAACAUCGUCGCCAACGCCCGCGGCUUCCUCUCCGAUCCCACUGCCGCCGGCGGGGGCGGGUUCGCCGACCUCCGCCGCCUCGAGGAGUACUCACUGGCUGGCCUCGUCUGCCUCCUCCAGAGCAGCCGCCCCACCCUCACCCGGGCGGAGGCCAUGUGGUGCCUCCUCUCCAGCGACCUCCGCCUCGAGGAGGCUAUCGCCAUAGGCGCAUCCCUCACCGGCAGCCCCUUACCCGCUGCCGAGAGAGACGAGCUCGCCCCUGCUGCUGCCUCGGUCAAUGCCGCACCGCGUGGAUACAGCCACUACCAUACCACUGCAGUUGCAGCGGCUCCGGACCCAGCAAUGUUUGACCCUGAAACCUUCAUGAGGCUCGCGAUACGCCAGGGCCCUGCUGCUGCGGCCGGUGUGAUCUCCUGCAUCAAGUCCGGUGAGUGGUCGCGGUCUGGCGGUGCUGCUCAGGAAGCGCAACCAAAGGAGUCCUUGGCCAAGAAGCUCUCCACUGAGGACCUCAUCGAGUCUGUUGUCGCAGAGCUUGAGGCGCUGGACAUUGACAAGAAGGACCCACCUGACACGAACUCUGACCCCAAGAACCAGAUGGUGCGUGACCUCAUUAAGCAGACAAGAGAGAUGGAGGUGCAGCUCAAGGAGCGCAGGGAGUGGGCGCAGGGGAAGGCGAUACAGGCUGCUCGCAAGCUCGGUGCUGAUCUCACCGAGCUGCGUGUGCUGCGGAUGGAGCAUGAUGAGAACCAACGGCGCAAGAAGGAGAAACAGGUGAUGGAGGAUGACACAAUGAAGCGGCUCGCUCAUCUGGAGAAUGAGCUGAAGAAGAAGAGCGGGCAGCUUGACCGGAGUAAUGCGACUGUGCAGAGGCUGGAAAUGGAGAAUGCAGAGAUACGUGCCGAGAUGGAAGCCGCGAAACUGAGUGCAUCGGAGACUGAAAGGCAAUGCCAAAAUCUGUCAAGGAAAGAGAAGAAGGAUAGCAAAAGGCUUGAGGUGUGGGAGCGCCAAAAAGCGAAGCUGAAGGAGGACAUUGCCGAAUGCAAGACAAAGAUUGCACAAGCCGACAAGGAGCUUGCUGACAUCAACAAGGCAAUAAAAAAUAUGGAGAACAAAAUACGCGAAGACUCUAAAGCCAAAGAAGAAAACAUGGCACUUUUGGAGGAGGAGCGCAGGAAGAAGGAAGCUGCCAAAGCCGAAGCUGAUCGCCGACUUGAAGAACUUCGUCGGAAGAAAGAAGUUGAAUCCCAGUGCUACAAAGAUGACCUCCAUAGGCUUCAAGAUGAAUUGAAACGUCUGCAGAAGUCAACUGGUGCAAAGCAACCAACUGUUCAGUCAACUAACCCUCCUGGUACAACCAAUCGAAGCACAACGCGGGCACCAAAGCAGCCCAUCCAGAGGCCCCCACCCGCAUCCAACUGGCCGCCGCAGCCAGCCCAGAAGCCAAGCCGUCGCAGGGACUGUGUCAUCUGCAAGGAGGAGGAGGCGUGCGUGAUCUUGCUCCAGUGCGCCCACCAGGUCCUGUGCGUCGGUUGCAACAAGCUGCAUGAGGAUGAAGGCGUGACUCGCUGCCCCUGCUGCAACGCCAAAGUCGAAGAGAGGAUCAGGGUUUUUGGUGCGAGCUCCAACUGAGGCACCAGGUGGUGCUGCUGUGCUGGCCUGCUGGGGGUGAAUGGAACUUGUGAUUUACUUACAUUUUUUCGUGUUUACCUCCGUUACUUUGAAGGGUUAUAGGUUAUACUUUGCUUUCUGAGUUGGUGUUAUAGCUACCUGAGCGGUUAUACUUUGCUUCAGCGUCCAUGGGUAUAUGCUGUGCUGAGUAGCGACUCUUUUGGGGUCUAUGCGUAUAAUCAGAACCUUUUUCCGGACGGGAAACAGGGUGUAUAGUCUGCUAUUUUCCUUUUCCUUUUCCUUUCUUUUCUUUGCUCGUUCU